CUCUUACCGCACCCAUGUCUACAGCAGUCAGCGAGCCGCCCCGCCACCCGUCCAUGUCCCGCUCCAACUCGAAGCCGAAAGGCAUUCUCAAGAAUGCACCACCAACGCAGCCAUCAGGGCAGCAACACUUACAGUGGGACGAGGAGAACCUCGCGCUCACCGAGGCCCAGAAAGACAGUCAGAUGAAGAUCACGGAGCCGAAGACUCCUUACGUACGGUACAACGCUGAGACGGACACGAUCGAGGGAGACAUCCCCUCGCUCGACCUCACUGGCCCGAUGACGACAAGCCCGCCGAUGUCCGCACGCUCGUUCUCGCCGAGCAGCGUCGUGGCAACCGACGGCGAGUCGGGACCGCCGUCCCGGCGGACGUCAUUCUCGAGCAGCGGCCGGACGAGCUCAGGGGGCGGCGGGGGGCCCGGAAGCCGCAGCUCGAGCCGCAGCACAUCGUUCACGCUCCCCAGCGACGCGCGCGAGGUCAUCCGGCUCGACGGCCGCCAGCCAGGGGACGAGAUAGAACUCGACGAGGAAAUGGACGAAGAGACCGCAGCCAAACACGCCGCUUUUGUCCGGGCACGCGGUCGGCACUACUCAAAUGAGGCUGAAGCAAUGAAGAGGGCCAAGAGGCUCAUCGAAGAGGAGGAUGACGACGAAGAGCAAAUCGCAGAUUCAGAGUCACAAAUGUCUCUAGACGACGAUAUAUCCGUGCAAGUGAACGGUGUCGAGCACGCAAAGUAGCGCAUCUCGGCAGUGGAUUCGUCUUGUCUAUGUAUUACCAAUUGGUACGGGUCAUGCAUUGUAUCUGGCAGGAUUAUCUCUGGAGCUCUCGAUCUUUGUGCAAAGCUGUUCUAUGGCUCAGUUAUGUAUUAUCGGAUUCGGACAUUUGGCAUGUUUGUAAUUUCCCUUUGCUCAUUUACAUCGUCCGGCCGUAACCGUGAUCUU